AUGGCCUCUCCCACUGGAACUGUAACUUGUGAAACUGCAUUGGUGUUUUUCAAACCGAACGAAGACAGUGAUGUUAUACUCGUGGUUGAAGAUCGAGAACUUCAUCUCAGCAAAGCAAUAUUGUCGUGUGCGUCUCCUGUGUUUCGUAAAAUGUUUACCGGUGACUUCCGGGAAAAGGCAGAAAGCAAAAUUCUUCUACCAGGUAAAAGCUGUGAAGAUUUUGUUGCAUUCAUACAAUGUUUAUAUCCAAAUGCUUUGAAUGAUGUCACAUAUGACAACAUUGAAAAAAUUCUUCCUUUGGCGCAAGCGUACAUGGUGAAUAGUUUGAAGAAAAAGUGUGAUAACUUUCUUUUUGGAAAAUUAUCCAAAUUUGAUAAGUCUAGUCACGAUGAUAACACAGCGUGUGUCUACAUACUAAUGUUGGCUGAUAAAUUUAACUUAGUUGAAGCACUGAAGAAAGCUAUUGAAUUAGCUAUUCCCCGACCAUACGUACAGCUGAAAGAAGAGUCGAUAUUCACAGAACUAAGUGACAAAACGAAAGUGGAAAUAUUGUCGAAGCGAAAUGAUUUUGUUGAAAAUCUUGGAUUGAAAUUCAGUGAAGCAUUGAUGCAGCUGGUGCAGGCAACACCCAAAGAGUUUGUGCGUUGUCAACACCGUUUCGAGCUUAAGAAACCUCCGAAAUACUGUCCUCAAGCUGAGUGUCCUCACAGUUUAGCACAUGUUACUUUUCGUCAAAAUGCAGAGAAAUUAAUGCAAUUUAAGAAUGACCUCAGAUGUUUUGCUUCAGCAUUUGUAAAGGAACCGAAUAAAUGA